AUGCUCUCCACUCUGCGUGUUGCCAGCCGGUCGGCUGCCGCCCGCGAGGCCAACAUGCGCACCGUCGUCAUCGGUGCUAGACAUGCCUCGGCCUGGUCCAACGUCCCCCAGGGCCCUCCUGAUGCUAUUCUCGGUAUCACCGAGGCCUUCAAGGCCGACUCCUUCAAGGAGAAGAUCAACCUGGGUGUUGGUGCUUACCGUGACGACAAGGGCAAGCCCUACGUCCUGCCCUCUGUCCGUGAAGCCGAGGACAAGGUCGUUGCGUCGCGCUUCGACAAGGAGUACGCCGGUAUCACCGGUGUCCCGGCCUUUACCAAGGCUGCUGCCGAGCUGGCCUACGGCGCCGACUCCUCCGCCCUGACCGAGGACCGCCUCGUCAUCACCCAGACCAUCUCCGGUACCGGUGCCCUGAGAAUCGGUGGUGCUUUCCUCCAGCGCUUCUAUCCCCACGCCAAGAAGGUCUACCUUCCCAACCCUAGCUGGGCCAACCACAACGCCGUCUUCAAGGACUCCGGCCUCGAGGUCGAGAAGUACCGCUACUACAACAAGGACACCAUCGGCCUGGACUUCGAGGGCCUGAUUGCCGAUAUCAAGGCUGCCCCCAACAACAGCAUCAUCCUGCUCCACGCCUGUGCUCACAACCCCACUGGUGUCGACCCUACUGAGGCCCAAUGGCGCCAGAUUAGCGAUGUCAUGAAGGAGAAGGGUCACUUCGCCUUCUUCGACAUGGCCUACCAGGGCUUUGCCAGCGGUAACGCUGACAAGGAUGCCUUCGCCCCUCGCCACUUCGUCAAGGAGGGCCACAACAUUGCUCUGUGCCAGAGCUUUGCCAAGAACAUGGGUCUCUACGGUGAGCGUGUCGGUGCUUUCUCCCUUGUUUGCGAGAACACCGAGGAGAAGAAGCGCGUUGAAUCGCAGAUCAAGAUUCUCAUCCGCCCCUUCUACUCCAACCCCCCCAUCCACGGUGCCCGCGUCGCCUCCACCAUCAUGAACGACCCCGCCCUGAACCAGCAAUGGCUCGGUGAGGUCAAGGGCAUGGCCGACCGCAUUAUUGAGAUGCGCUCCCUGCUGCGCAAGAACCUCGAGGAGCUCGGCAGCAAGCACGAUUGGUCCCACAUCACCAGCCAGAUCGGCAUGUUCGCCUACACUGGCCUGAAGCCCGAGCAGAUGGAUGCUCUUGCCAAGGAGCACUCCGUCUAUGCCACCAAGGAUGGCCGUAUCUCCGUCGCUGGUAUCACCACCGGCAACGUUAAGAGACUGGCUGAGUCCAUCUUCAAGGUUACCGGUUAA